GUUGUAAUAUCCACAGCCGGUAAAUCCUACGUUAGCAUUCUCCAUGAUUAUUGCCAAUCCGUGGCGCGAACUACGCCUCUCUACCAAACCGUUGAGGUAUCUACUCGUUCCAAAGCAGGGGAUGCAAAUAUUGGACGAGAUGGUGACUCGUCUUUCCCUGCUGGUGCGGUUAAUCUUUCAUCACAGUCACACAUUAUCAGGGAUGCUGAAAGCGACCACAUUUCACAUCACCCAAUUGCCCCAUUUCGAUGCACGGUGCUCGUAAAUAAUGGAAAGAUUGUCGCAUCUGGAACUGGCCAUAGUAAGAAGCAAGCUAGAACUGAAGCAGGUAAACAACUUCUCCCAGUGCGCAUUCUUUUAGUAACUAGAUUGGCAAAAAUGUUUGUAUAA